AUGUUCCCUGGAAUGUCGUCACGCUUAGAGAAGGAUCUGAGAGCUUUGUACUUGCAGAACGUCCUUGGCGGCGAUACCUCGCGUGCCUCCAAGUUUAAAGUGCACGUGGAGGAUCCUCCCGACCGCCGGCAUAUGGUCUUCUUGGGUGCGUCGAUCAUGGCGGAUCUCCAUGAGCAGCAGGCAAAUCCCAGGUACUGGAUCACGCGCGAGGAGUACCAGGAGACUGGUGCUAGUGCCGUCCAGAGAUUGAUUCCCACGAAGUUAGCUUGA